AUGAUACAAAUGGGACAAAGUCACAUUCUUACAAGCAAUUGGUCUCCGGGGUUGUUAACCACCCGCCUCUUCACCUUCUGCUAUUUCGUCUGGAACCCAACUCAUGAUUUGUCUAACUCUGACAACAUGAGCAGUGAGGAAAUUUUUGAAAAACCAAACAAAUCUCGUCCUCAUUCAGCCUCAAAGGCCUCUACUACUCAUAUAUCUACCCACUCUCAUUCUAAUUCCAAAAUGGAUACUUCUCGUCCUCGCUCUACCUCGAAAGUGUCAGGUUCUACCAGUCCUCCUCCUGCUACUUCAAAAAUCUCGUCAAAGAAUGAAACUUUACAUCCUAUAGAAAGUGUUGCACUAUCUAUGAAUACUGAAAAGGACUCCAAUCGUAAUACUUCUGAAUUGCCUACCAAAACUUCAUCUGCCCCUUUUGAGGACACACCUUUGCUUGAUGAGGAGGAAAAGACCACUAAAAAUUCCAAACCAAUUAAAAUGACUUCUACAGAUUCAUCUACCUUAUACCCUUGGUCCAAAGUCGGUGUAUUCCAUCCAAGUGGUGUAGGAGCCCCUACUUCGAAAGAUUCCAAAGUCAUUAAAGCUUAUAUUUUGGAAAAUUUUUACAAUGAUUUGUAUUAUAAUGUUGCUACGGUCUUUGGUACUUGUUUCUUCUCUUGGGGGUUUGCCUAUAUUGGUAUGUCAUGGUGGUCCAUUGGAUUCAUCUUCUUUUGCUCUGCUGCUGUUUAUAACAAUGAAUACCGUCGUUUCAAUAGAAACAUUAGAGAUGAUUUACAAAGAGUUACUGUUCAAGAAACUUUAAGUGAAAGAACAGAAACUACUCUUUGGUUAAACUCCUUCUUAUCUAAAUUUUGGGUCAUUUACAUGCCUGUUCUUUCAAAGCAAGUUAAAGAGAGUGUCAACCCUACUUUAGCCGGUGUAGCUCCAGGUUAUGGUAUUGAUGCCUUCUCUUUAGAAGAAUUUACCUUGGGUUCAAAGGCUCCCGCCAUUAGAGGCAUCAAGACAAAUACUAAAACAGGCAAGAAAUUUGUUGAAAUGGAUUGGUCUUUUGCUUUUACUCCAAAUGAUGUUUCUGAUAUGACCCCAAAGGAGGUUGCUAUUAAGGUCAAUCCGAAGAUUUCCUUGGGUGUCACCAUUGGUAAAGGUGUUGUCUCCAAGACUGUUAGUGUUAUUGUGGAAAAUAUUAAUGUGGCAGGUAAAUUACGCGUUGGCAUUGAGUUUGGUACUAUUUUCCCAAAUAUCAAGAUCGUCUCGAUACAAUUACUAGAACCUCCAUUAAUUGACUUCGUCUUGAAACCAGUAGGUGGUGAUACUUUAGGCUUGGAUAUCAUGUCUUUCUUACCAGGUUUAAAGAGUACUGUUAAAAGUUUGAUCGAUUCUAAUUUGGCGCCUAUGUUAUAUGCUCCAAAUAAGAUGGAUAUUAAUGUGGAAGAUAUCAUGUCCGCUCAAUCUAAUGAUGCAACUGGUGUAUUGGCUGUCACUAUCCACGAUGCUGCAGCUUUAAAAAGCUCAGGAUUUAUUACAAAUACUGUCGAUCCUUAUGUGACAAUUUCUACUGAAAAUAGUGUAAAAAAUAAUGAACCAUCUGUAAAGACUAAAGUUAUUAACGAUUCAAAGUCUCCAAAAUGGAAUGAGACACAUUAUUUGACAGUUAAUAGUUUACAACAAAAGUUAUUUUUGAAAUGUUUUGAUUUUAAUGAUGUUCGUAGUGACACUUUAAUUGGAGAAUUAGAAAUUACUUUAGAAGAAUUACUUCAAGAAAAUUCAUUAGAAAAUCAAUCAACCGAAUUAUUAAUUGGUACUCAACCUAAAGGCCAAUUGAAUUACUCUUUAAAUUGGUUUCCUUGCAUUCAAAAGAGUGAAGAUAAAGUUGCCAAAGGUACCACUGACGAUAAAAAGAAACUAGAAUCUACAACUGAACAAAAUAAUCAAGAAGAAAAUGAUGCUUUCGACGAUGUCGACGUUGGUAUUAUUAAAUUCACUUUACAAAAUAUUAAAUACUUGGAUACUUCUGGAACUGUUACUGGCACGUUAAGUCCUUCUGCGGAACUAUAUUUGAAUAAUGAACUAGUCAAAAGUUAUAGAACAUUAAGAAGAAUCAAUGAACCUUCUUGGGGCGAAACAACUGAAAUUUUCAUCCCUUCAAAAUCAAAUUCUAAAAUUAGAAUAGAUAUCUUUGAUCAAGGUAUGAAUGGUAAAGAUCUGAUAUGUCAGUACAAUGGCUCCUUGGAAGAUAUUUUGAACUCUCUAUCCACAGGAAAUGGCUUUAUUAAAGGUUCUCCACAAGGUGAAAUAUAUGUUGAUGCUCAAUGGAAACCUGUUACUGUCUCUACUAAUUUCAGUGCUUCUACCACUGCCCGUGAUCCUAUUGGUUCUCUUAAAUUGUUUGUCAAGGAUGCCAAUAUUGCCGGCAGUUUAGCCGGUAUUGGUGAUAUUGAUCCUUAUUUUACUGUUGCCGUUAAUAGACAUUUGAAAUUCAAAUCUCCUCAUUUCACAGAGACGAGAACUCCAAUUUUUAAUAGAGAAGUUUUCAUUCCUAUUACUUCUGAAAAUCAAAAUAUUACCCUUUCAUUAUUUGAUUUUCAAGGUAUCGGUGGUGAUAGGUUUAUUGGCCAGUAUCAGAUUACAGCAAAUGAACUAAUACAAAAAGAUGAAAAGACUAAUUUAUUUUUACCUGUAACUAGAGCUCCAAAAUUGACUAAAAUUAUUUUAAAUGAUAAACACAAUUUGAAAACUGAGACCACAGUUACUUUAACUGUUCAAUUUAUUUCAACUGUUCCUGUUUAUACAGUUGAAGAAGCCGAAGAAAUUAAUCUGUUAGAGGAUGAGUUAUCUGAAAAGAAGAGAUUAUUCCAAAUUGAACAAGAAAAACUUAAAAAAGAGAUGGAUAUGAAACCAAGUGAGUACGAACUUACCGAAAUCGAUAAUCCAUUCUAUGCAGAGGAAAAGGCUAUCAAUAAAAAGAAUAAGUUUGAUUUAUUACAAUUAAUGGAAUUCAAUUCAGGUAUUUUAUCUUUAAACUUUAUUAGUGGUACGCUGGAAAAAUCUUCAUCAUAUUUACAUGUUACGUUUGAUGACUUUGCUUAUCCAAGUUUCUCCUCUUUAAAGAGCCAGGGUACAAAUUUGGUUCCAGAGACAGGCUCUGCUUUUAUCCGUGAUUUAAAUAAUAGUACUGCUCAUUUCAUUAUUUCCAAGAAAUUUAUUGUUCAAGAAGCCUCCGAUAUUAUCUCUCAAAAUACUUUCAGAACAUUAAGCUUGCUACAAAGUUCUCUUUCGAAACCUUUAAAAUUAAAAGUUGGAAGCUCAUAUAUUACUAUUAAGUCAACAUAUAACCCAACUGCUGCUCCGUUAGAUAGAUCUGAAUCAAUCUUAGAUACAGGUUAUUUACACUUGAAAAUUAUUUCUGCUGAGGGAUUAAUGUCUGCUGAUAGAAAUGGAAAAUCAGAUCCAUUUGCUCGUGUUUUUGUUGAUGGCCGUAAAGCAUUUAAAACAGAAGUUGUUAAAAAGACACUGUCACCUGUUUGGAAUGCUACUGCCAAAAUUGCAGUUCCAUCAAGAAGAUAUUCUCAAUUAGUUUUAGAAGUAUUUGAUUGGGAUAUGGCUGGUGAUAACGAAGAAUUGGGGUUAGUUGGUCUAGAUAUUGAAGAAUUAGAACCAAAUAGAGAAUAUCACUGGAACUUACCAUUAAGUACCCAAGGUACAGUAAAGGUUAAGGGCAAAUUCGUUCCAGAAUACAUUAAGGCUUCCUUGCAGGAAAAUGCUUCAUCUUCUGGUAUUGCUGCGGUUCCAUUAAAGAAAAUCGGUACUUCUAAUGUCUUAUUGAAGAGCGGUGGUAAUGUUGUUAAUGCUGGUGUAGGUGGAUUGCAAUUUGGUGGUAAGAUGUUGAAGAAAGGUGUAGGAUUGGGUGGUGAUAUUGUUAAAAAGACAAAAAAUGAAAAUAGCUCACAUACACAUGAAAAGGGGCACGAAAAAGACACCACUAAGGAAAAUAUUGAUAGUAACCAUGACAGACCAGUUAAACCAACUCCUAGAAGAUCUCUUUCUAAGAAGGGUGAUGAUAGCCAUAAAAGGAGAUCAUUCUCUUUUAUCCGCGACAGAAUAUCUAGUGACAGUAAGCCAGAAAAGACUCAUGAGAGAAAUUCUUCUGGAGCCUCUGAGGCAGUUUCUACAGAAGCCGCCCAAUCAAAGAGUAAGAGAACAUCAUUUGAAAGACCAUAUCCUCAUAGACACGCCUCAACUAGCCGUUCAGUUCAUUCAUCUCAGGAAAAAGCACCUUCAUCUCCUAAAGUUAAACCACCUUCAUCUCCUAAAAUCAAAACUCCAUCCUCACCUAAAGUAAAAACACCUUCGUCUCCUAGAAUGAAGGUUCCUCACACAAAGACCCCGCAGACAGCUACUCAAGAGAAGGAUUCUAACCAAUCUCUAAAGAAUACUGCUGAGUAUGAUCCUUCCAUUCCGAAUCAAGAAUAUGUCAAAGUUCCAGCCAACAGUUUAGCUAAUAAACCUGAAACAACUGAUAAGCAAUCCGAACAUGCUAAUCACUACCAUAAGGGUAAUGGUGGAGUUGGUGGUGCAACCAAUUCCGGAUCACACCAAAGAAGUGUUUCAAGAGCAAGUAGUUUUGCUAGAACUUUAGCUCCAAACGGUACUUAUGAGGGUGUAGUGAAAGUGAUUGCCGCUGAAAAAGUUGCCAAGAAUGUACAAAUCAAAGUUUCAUUAGCACAAGGUGGCCGUAUGAAACCUUUAUUCAUGACAAAGACAUUAAAAGCUGAUGAUAAAGGUGUUGUAGCCUUCAAUGAUGAAGGUAAAUUCAAAGCUUCUCCAGAAGCCAAUCUUGUAUUUGGUGCCAUUGCCCACCAUAAAUUCUCGAAGGAUCGUGACAUUGGUGUUGCUCAAAUCAACUUAGAUGAUGAGCAAAUCCAGCAAGAAAACAAUAUUGCCAUCAAAUUAGGGGAUGGCCAUGUUGUCGUUAAAGUUGAUUAUGGUGGAGAAGCUUUAAAUACCCCCCCUCUUCCUGAGAUUCCCCCAGAACAUCGGUGA